AUGAACUGUUUUCGGCGGUUUUUACUAUUUUCAACAGUUUUAGUAAUACUGUGUAACUGUGUUAUUGCCGUAGCUGAUGAUAAGGACGAAGGUAAUGCAUACUGGUUUGGUUUAGCAGUUUAACAGUUUAUUUACUUAUAUAUAUAAUUUCAAGUACCGACAUAAAGAACCCGCCAUACUUUGCCUGUAAUUUCCUGUAAAAAAUGGCGUGUUCUUUAUGUCGGCAAUUAAUAAUUGUAUAUAUUGGUAUGAAUGAUAACGUUUUUAGUGUAGUAUAUGUUAUAUUUAUGUCGAAAUUUAGGUUUUGAACACAAUUAUGAUUAUCCAAAGCGCAAGUAUUCUACUGUGCAUCAUCAUAACUACCUUGGUAAAGUUUUUGAUACGAAAAUUUACUUAUACUUACACUUAGCUUAGGCUUAUCUCAGGCUUAGCGUAGGCUUAGCUUUGGCUUAGCUUAGGCUUAGCUUAGGUUUAUCUUAGGCUUAGCUUAGGCUUAGCUUAGGCUUAGCUUAGGCUUAGCUUAGGCUUAGCUUAGGCUUAGCUUAGGCGUAGCUUAAGCUUAUCUUAGGCUUAGAUUAGACUUAGCUUAGGCUUGGCUUAGACUUAGACUUAGUCUUAUUAUUCUUGUACUUUGUUUGUUUAGGCUUCGGAAACUUAGGCUUAAUUAAGCUUAAGAUGCAUUUAAUAAAAACAUUGACACAUUAUGUAAGGCAACGUUAGCAGAAGAUGCUGUGCCUCGUAGAAAUGUGUAGUAAGACUGUCGUACUCGCAGUAAUUUGUUGGGUCGUUUUACAUCGAGGCAAUUGUUGUAUAAAGCCAUCAAUAUUACAUAAGAAACGUUACGUAAUAUCAUUUUUUGCAAUUUCUCUAAGGCUAUAUUUGUAUGUAAUGGUAUUAAGUAAUUCUGCGCAUUUUUAUUUAAGUUUUUAUUAAUAUUAGGUGCCAACAUAAAGGACCCGCCAUUUUUUGCACUAAAUUACAGGAAAAGUAUGGCGGGUUCUUUAUGACGGCACCUAAUAAUACCUUUGAUAACGUGAUUUACACAACUAAAGUAACCUUAUUAGGCUAAGUUUAGGUUUCUCAGGAUUAGUGAAUUUAGACGUAGUAAGAAUAGGCUUAUGAGGAUUUACUUUAUUAAGUCUUUAUAUAUUUAUAGCGAAGGAAAACAAUGACAAUGGAGACGAAGUUAUCACUUCUUUGGCCAAUAACGAUAAGGCUGAAAAUUUGUUGAAAGAAGAAAAAUCACUAUCAUUAAAGAUCAAUAAAUGGGUGGGAACACACCUUCGUAUCAUGACGUUUAAUACUUGGAACAUGGGCAGAUAUGUACAUGAUGGUCGUCAGAAAAUUGCGAAACAUAUUAAGCUAAACAAUGUGGAUGUCGUUGGAUUACAGGUGGGCUUAUUUAUUUUUUAAGGUCAAGUAAGUUUGAUACGCUGAGUUUUUUUAGGCGUAGGUCUUGUAAGGUUGUGAUUAAGUGGCUUAGGCUUAGUAGGUUUAGGCUCAAUAGGCUUAGGCUUAAGCUUAAACUUAGGCUUAGGCUUAGGCUUAGAACUAGGCUUAGGUUUAGGACUAGUCUUAGUUGGCUUAGGCUUAGUAGGCUUAGGCUUGGUAGUAUUCUUAGGCUUACGCUUAGGCCUAGGCUUAUGCUUAGGCUUAGAACUAGGCUUAGGACUAGGCUUAGUUGGCUUAGGCUUAUUAGGCUUAGGCUUAAUAGUAUUCCUACGCUCACGCUUAGGCCUAGGCUUAUGCUUAGGCUUAGUAGACUUAGACUUAGUAGGCUUUAGCUUAGUAAGCUUAAGUUUAGUAAGUUUAGGUUUAGUAUUCUUAGGCUAAAUAGGCUUAGCCUUAGUAGGUUCAAGUUUAGUAAGAUUUAGCUUAGUAAGCUUAUAUCUAGGAAGCUUAUUCUUAGUAACAUACUGAAAUGUUAUAGUAGAUUUUUAGGAAGUACGUGCGACAGAAGAAAUAGAAGAAGUAGUGAAACACCUUAAUACCGAUUCUACUGAAACUUGGAGCUACAUCUAUUAUGGGAACUGUGCUAUUGUUACAAAGCAUACCGUAAGUAAUACAUUUGUAUCUAGUGUCAAUUUUGAUUACUAUCACAUUUUAUUGUCAUAUAAUGACACGUUGAAACUUUUUUUUGUAUUGGCACGUUGAAAAUUUUUUUUAUAAUAGCACGUUCAAACUUGAAAUUCCAGAUUAAUUUAAAAUCCGUAGCAAAGACGACCUCAGGAGUUGGUGUGCAAAUCUUACUAGACAGCAAAAGGAAGUUGAUGUUAUAUUCUCUACACAUGGCUUAUACCAACUAUGCACCAUAUGCCUUGAUGUAUCGUCAAAGCAAUGUUAAAGCACUACUAGAUUACGGUGAAUGCUCAGAUCAGCAUUGUAGGUGUUAUGGUUGAUUUGUUUGCACUUUUUCAUUAUUUUGUACUAUUAUAUAAUGGGCACUUACAGUGGAACUCCUGUAUAACGAAUCGUUCGGGGACUGGAAAUUUGUUCGUUAUAAAGGAGUUUCGUUAUAGAGGAGUUUUAAAUGCACUGUGUAGUCGUAGACGGGGAUUUAAAAGUUGUUUGUUAUACAGGAUUUUCGUUAUAGAGGAGUUCUUUAUACAGGAGUUCCACUGUAAUUAUGUAUGGAUGUGCAUGUAUUAGUACUUAUGGAUCAUGGAUCAUAGUAUAUGAAACAUUAUGUUUAGGCCGCUGUGGAAACGCCAAAGACUUGGUAAAGAGCCAGGAGUUUCAAGACGCUUUGGGAAGAACAAAAACUGAACCAUUAUUCGUCUUGGGCGACUUUAAUUCACCAUCACAUUUGGACUAUGCUGAGAAUUUAAAGUACGUUUACGUACUCGGUUAAGCCUAUCAUAAUACGUUUAUUCAUUUUGGGCUUACUAAGCUUAGGCUUAGGCUUAGGCAUAGGCAUAGGCUUAGGCUUAGACUUAGGCUUAGGCUUAGGCUUAGGCUUAGGCUUAGGCUUAGGCUUAGGCUUAGGCUUAGGCUUAGGCUUAGGCUUAGGCUUAGGCUUAGGCAUAGGCUUAGGCAUAGGCUUAGGCAUAGGCUUAGGCUUAAAUUGUUCACUCACGUGAGUUGCCACAAGUAAGCUAGCUUAAGCCUACAAUGACUUGUUUACCAAUUUGAAAAUAUUAUGUGCCGACAUAAGGAACCCGCCUUUUUUUACAGGAAAUUAGAGGCAAAGUAUGGCGGGUUCUUUAUGUCGGCACCAGGGCCGGGCGGGGACUUUUGGUCUGGGGGCAGGGGUCCAAAAAAUCCACAGGGGGCCACGUUCAAAUUUUUUUCGAAAAUUUUUUUUCUGGGGGGGUACCCCCCUUCCCCCCCCUCCCCGUCCCCCCCCUUCCCCCCCCUCACGCCCGGCCCUGGUCGGCACCUAAUAAGAAGUUAAAUCUCACUAAGCUUUAGCCUACUAAGUCUAUCUUUACUCAUCUUACGCUUAUUAAGCCUUAGCGCGCUAUAAUUUAACUUUUGUUAAAUUAAAACCUUACGUUAACUUUUUUUAACUUGACUAUUAUGUAUUAGGUGCCGACAUAAAGACUCCGCCAUACUUUUUCUGUAAUUUUCUGUAAAACAUGGCGGUUUCUUCAUGUCGGCACCUAAUAUUAUAUUCAUCUUCACCACUUUAUUACAGACAUCUUCACUACGGCUAUUCGUACCAAUUCCCCUCAACCUUCAUAAUCCAGAACGCCACAGGCAUGGUAGACUCAUACCGUGAACUGUAUCCAGAUGUGGAAAAGUAUCCCGGAGCAUCAUGGUCUACAGUAAACGUUGUCAUGAACACUGUCGAUUUCAACUACAUGAUUCGCGAACCUCAGGACCGUAUCGACUUCAUUUUAUACAAAAGUUCAAGUGUCAAAGCGGUCAAAAGUGGCAGAUAUGCGGGAGAUUUUGUCACUUAUCCAAAAGACAUUGUCAACAACGAUUGGCCUUCAGAUCAUUAUGCUUAUAUAUCGGAGUUUAAGGGGUACUAA